AUGGACGAAGAAUCGCAAACCGAGACUGAUCCUCUGCUACCAAAGCGUCCCAUAACAUCUCGACGUCCUUUCGACACACCGCCAAAUGACAUUCCCAUCUCACCUCAACCCACUCCAAACAACGGCACCGACGAUGGGGAUAUCGAACCUCUCUCACGCCAGGAAAUCUACACUCUACUCGGCAUGGCUCCUCCCAGCGAAGACAACACGACCCCCCGCCACUUAGAGUCUGCUCAUGGCUUUUACGCCCAGCUACUGAAGUCGGAACGUCGUGCAGCACGUCAAUACCGUGUCUACGAUAUCGCCAUCAUCUUCCUCAUGAUAGUCCAACUCUGCAUCUCAGCCGUCUUUGUCGUUCUCGGCUCUCUCCCAAAUCUGGACUCUCAUCAUGUUGCCGUGGCGUCGCUCGGUGCCAUCGGCACUCUGGUGGCUGGAAUGCUGGCACUAAUGAGAGGACAAGGCUUACCAAAUCGCCUUCGUAUGGAACGUGACGCCCUCCGCAGAGUGGUGUUUGAGACUGAAGAACUGUAUUGGGAUGCUAGAGCGGGAAGAGAGGUGGACUUUGCGGAUAUUGAGAGGUUGAGGAAUGCGUUUGUUGCUGUGGUGGAGGAUGCGAGGAAGAAUCACCCUGAUGUUUGGACGUCGAGUCCGGUGCCUGUGAGGGUCAAGACAGGGUUGAGUGGAAAGGGUAUGCAGAUGCCUGGUGCUGUGCAGAUUGCCAAGUUGUGA